AUGGAGUUUCCCGCCGUCACUAUUUGCAACCAAAAUAGUUUCAGGAGGACGCUGUCGUUGAAAAACGGACAUUACGAGAUAUUGAAGGCGUUAUAUGAGAAGGAGGACUCGUCAAGGGGUAGGGAUGUUUUACUGGAGAGGUCGAUCAACGUUACAAUGGAGACAUUGUACACAAACAAUUCUCACCGUGCAGAGGACCUCAUUGUGACUUGCAAAUGGAAAGGAGAAGCUUGUAACUGGUCUGACUUCAAACCUGUGUUGACCCAACAUGGACAAUGUUUCACUUUCCUUGGUAACACGACCACCGAGGACGGUCGUAUCGUCGACUCGCCAGGAGUGGAUAACGGUUUAGAACUGGUGUUGAAUGUGGAAGACUAUGACAGUAUGGUGGGACCACACAGCAGCAGCGGGGUGAAGGUCGUCCUCCACCACGACACCGAAGUCCCCAUGCCCGAAUUCGGUAACGAGCUCCCCACGGGUCGACACGGCUUCAUGGACGUUCAGGUCUCUAAGGCGCAGAACGUUCCUCCUCCCCACGGAAACUGUGUGGACCGUACUCUGAUGUAUAUGGGAACUUACUCCUACACAGUUGGAGCCUGCCAAAUGGAAUGUGAGAUGCAGUUCUCUCCCGUCUUGCAACGUUGUGCAAUACAACAGAUGUUUGGUGGAAUCGAAAGUGAAAUACCGCCGACUCCAUGA